AUGGAAGGCACAGAGAUCAACUGGGCAAGAUCGGUUUUCAGCAAUCUUAUGGAAAUGGUGAGACCGGACUCAGAUAGGUCUUGGGGGUAUGCCGUUCAACUCGGUGGCCCGCGAACAAAGAAGAAAGCCGCGAAGAAUAAUGCCCCAGCAAAAGCAAGCACCGGAGGAAAGAGAAAAGAAAAAGUAAUUUUCGAAGAUCCACCUCAACAAACAGAGGAUGAGGAAUGGGACGAUGAGGAAGCCGACACAGAGGGAACCGAAGAUAGAACGGACCAUGACGAUGAUCUUUCGGCUCGAAGUCCGACCGAUGCCGAACAAAGCUUCAAUCCUGAGACCACCGAGGUAGCACCGCGAGUAUUGGAUAAGCUUGAAAAGGGCAAACUGGAAAUUCGGCAGGAAAUAGAGCGGCUGGAAGUCAUAUGCAAUCAGAAAGAAGUACCGGUAUAUACCGCUCCAGUCAUCGAAGAAUUUCCAAUUGACUGGACAACAAACUCAAGAGAAGACACUGAGACACCGAGGGACAUUGAGACACCGAUACAGGACAAUGCUGAAAUACCGACUUCAAAGACUGUUGAGGUACAAAGUUUAGAAAAUGUCGAGGUUCCAAACUCAGAAAUUGAGGUAAUAAACUUAGAGGAUUCGGCUCAAUUAGAACCUCCAAAUGAAGAGGAGGCACCAAUAAAUCCUGAUGAAAGAGCCGAUCCUAAUCCGACCGAGCAGUCCCCUCCCACUCCACCACCGGAAGCCACCGUUUCAGUUCCUCCUAAGGAAUGGAUUGAAGACCGGCUUCAAGAAUUUGAAGCAUCCGUUUCGGGACGGAUUGGUGAGCAACUUAAGAAAUUUGAAGUGUCAACAUCGGGGCAGGUGGAAGACCGGCUUCAGAAAUUUGAGGCAUCAAUAUCAGAGCAGAUUGAUGACCGCAUACUUGACCACAACGUUUCUAAGCUUCAACCGCUCAAAGAUAGAUGCGGGAACAUUUUCGAUACGGCUAUGAAGUUCGCCGAUGUGACAAAACAGGUUGUGGAUCAACAUCAAACACGCCUGGAGCAACUCAGCACCGGACUAUGGGAAGAGGCCGGUGAGCGAGAAAAUUGUGCUCAUCAUAUUAUAGCUCUGGAGGGUCUCACUUCGGAAUUGAAGAAGGAUUUCGAACGGGUUGACCCGACAAUUGAACGAGUCUCGGUACUGGAAAAGAAAAACGAAGAUCUCGUGGCCGAAAGGGUCCAAGAAAGGCUGGACGCCGAAGCCAGCAAGGACAAAGAGGCGCCGCGAGCGACUCAGCUGACCGAAGAAGAAAUAGAGGCCGAAAGAAUAAGAAGGGCCGAGCUUUUAUAUCCAGGAUAUGCUGAACAAUUGGCCAGACAGGCCGCAGCGGAUGCCGAACGAUUAGAAACGGAGCAACGACGGCUGGCGGGAUUUGCGAAGGAACACGAGAAAAAGAAGAAAGCGGUCGCCUCCGCUUCAGCACCGGCCGCCUCUGUCUCAGAACCGAAGAAAAGAAAGAAGCCGGCUAGUAAGAAAGUUCGAAUUGUCGAGACGCUCAACACAAUCUCUGAACUGGUCGAGACGGGUACCUCGCAGCAAGCCGACCCAACAUUAAGGCAGUUACUAAGCGAGACAAACAUUGAGAUAACAAAAGCUAAGUGCAUUUACUACAAGUGA